GGGGGGCUCGAACCGGGAGAGCGCGCUCGAACAACAAGUGGUUCAGAAUAACAAGUUGCGACGAAGACAGCCAACUAAGAAAGCAAGCAAAACACCCCCCCUCCCAAAAAAAAAAAAAAGUUUUUGUCGCACUCGAAGAGAACGACGGGACGCGCCUGUUGAGACGAAUCAGUUAAAUCGGUUCACCCGGUGCUCCCGCACAAACUGCGGGAACACCUGGUGGACUUUUGCGCCCAGGUGCACGGCGACCCGCAACAACAACAACAACAACAAAGAAAUUUGGUUUGGAAUUCUCCUCUUGGAAGUCCGUCGCCAUGUACAGCAUGAUGGAACACGAUCUGAAGCCCAGCGGGCAGCCGGUGCACCACGCGGCCCAAGGGAUGUCACCCGCCCCUCCGGGCAGCAUGACGCCCGGCAACGGCGUCGCUCACCCGGGCUCCAAAAGCGCCCUGGCCCCCGGCGGCGGCGGAGGAGGGGACCCCAUGGAUAAGGUGAAGCGGCCCAUGAACGCCUUCAUGGUGUGGUCCCGCGGCCAGAGGCGCAAGAUGGCCCAGGAGAACCCCAAGAUGCACAACUCGGAGAUCAGCAAGCGGCUGGGCGCCGAGUGGAAACUGCUGAGCGACGCCGAGAAGCGGCCGUUCAUCGACGAGGCCAAGCGGCUGCGGGCCGUGCACAUGAAGGAGUACCCGGACUACAAGUACAAGCCGCGGCGCAAGAGCAAGCCCAGCAUGCUGAAGAAGGACGCGCAGGUGCCCAAGUACCCGCUGGCCGCCGCCGCCGCCGCCGCCGCCGGGAACCUGCUGGUGACGGCGCAGGGCCAGGGCGCCAGCCCCCGGAUGCACGACGGCUACGGCUGGGGCCCCGCGGGGGGCUACGCCGGGAUGCAGGGCGAGGCGCUCGGCUACACUCAGCAGCUGCACCGCUACGACCUGUCGGCCCUGCAGUACCCCCCCGCCAUGACGGCGGCCCAGACCUACAUGAACGGGAGCAGCUCGUACAGCCCGAUGUCGUACAGCGGCAGCCCCCAGCAGCCCAUGUCCAUGGUGAAACCGGAAGCCGUCUCCCACUCGCCCCCGACGCCCGCCCACCACCGGGGCCCCCUGCAGGGCGACCUGCGGGACAUGAUCAGCAUGUACAUCCCGGGGGGCGGCGGCGACGGCGGCGGCGGCGACCCGGCGGCGGGGGCCGCCUCCAGGGGCUACGGCGGCGUCCAGCAGCACUACCUCAGCGGCACCGUCCCCCUCACGCACAUCUAGAAGCGCACGGGACAAUCUGCACUAGCGUCGAAUGCUGUUCCGCAUUGUACAAAGUUUUUGCUUUUAAUAUACUUUAGUUUUGACUUUUUGAAGAAGAAAAAAAAAAAAACAAACUGUAGAUGCCAUUGGAAAUCCUGCAUUUUCGCUAGCUUUACGUGGAAAGGGCGGGGGGGGGGGGGGGAAGCCCUUUCCUCGCCCUCCCUCCCUCCCUCCCCGGCGCCUAUCAAUUAGUUUUUCAUCUUGUAUGCCGCUAACCGUGCUGUUUAACUUCGGCGUCGACCCGUUCGGGGCUGUCGCACGUGAGCAAAGAUUCACUUGUCACCUUUCGAGAAACGUGAAGUGGCCUCAUUUGGUCGGGACGCAACUUUGAACGCGGUCCCCCCCCCCCGCCCCCCCAUCCAUCCGAUGCCACGUACUGCGCGUGUAUCAUCUGUACAGUGUGUUGUAGCUGCUGCUGAGGACCUACAUUUGGUUUAUUUCUCCAUCCGUUACUAACUACAAUUUUUUUAUUUUUAAUGGCAGGUGUAAAUGUUUACAUUUUUAACUUUUUCCCACUCACCUUUUUGUUUUUUGUAGAAUCUGUAUGUAGCACUCUUGUAAAUAAUGUACACAUUUUAGGCUCUUAUACUAAGAGUCUUGAUGCCUUUUUGAUUAAAAAAAAAAUAAGUAUAGCUUUCCUGAGUUAAUAAAAAGUACAAAUCACAUCAGUCUUAUCAUUAUCACGACAUGAAAGUGUGUGGGGGGGGGGACUUUAGAAUAUCACAGCUAAAAGAAUGAAAAUGCAUCUUUCAAACACUUUUUUUUAAUGCCG